GUUGUUGAAUGUACCAUUUAUUGGCUUUGAAAAUUUAUAAUAAAUUCUAAUAUUAUUAUUGUAUUAUAGUUCCAUAAAAGUAUAAUUCUUAGUGUUUACUGUUUUGGUGGACUUAUUAUAUUAUAAGUACAAAAAAGUGACCUUAAUUUAUACUUUUCCUGUUUUACUUAAAAUUGAAUAAGUUUCUACGUUCCCAUUUUCUUUUCUUCUGUAAAGUAUGGAUGAAAAUGACUUCAUAGACUAUUAUAAGGUAUUAGAAUGCAAUAGAACUGCAUCUGUUGAGGAAUUGAAGAGAAGUUACCAGCGGCUCAUACUGACUUUACAUCCUGAUAAAAACAACACAGAUCUCAGUGACACCUUCCAUCAGGUUCAGAAAGCAUGGACUGUUUUGAGAGAUGAUGAUACACGGAAACAAUAUGAUGCGGAGCUGUCUUGUCGAGAACAUAGUGAUUUAUUGUUAUAUGAUACAGUAGCUUUGAAAGAAAUGGAAUAUAAUGAUGAAGAUAAUGUUUACACAUACAAUUGUAGAUGUGGUGGGACUUAUUUAUUAGAAAACUGUGAUACUAUACUGUCUCAAGUUAUUAUUGGUUGUAAUGAAUGCUCAUUCUCAAUACAAGUCAAUAUGUUAUAGUAUAUGUAUAAUACUUGUUGAAU